AGUUCAAGAAAUUGGGGGCUUUGAGGGAUUGAGCUACAUCUUCCGGUAUUUACAUUUACAAAAAAAAAAAAAAAUAUCGCACUUUGGAAAUCGUACAUUCCAGAGUCGCGCAACCCUGCUGAGGAAGUGUAGUGAAAACAUGAAAGCUCUUCUGCACAAGGCGGCUCUUCUCAGAUGGCGAUGAGGCACAUCGUUCCCUGCCUUACGGGUGUUCGCGGACACUUCAGAAGACCGACGUCAUCACUCCCGUCGUGCGGGGAGAGGUGAUAAGUUCCACUGAUCGAGAUGGUGAAACGGUCCAGAUACAAUAGAGCGCGCGCAAGUGGAGUGGCCGAAAGCGCCUAAGAUAUGAGGGUUCUCCGCCCCCUCUCCCAGACUCGAACACCGGAGCGACCGGAGACACUUGCCGCAGAUCGCAGACGAGAUUCGCGCGCGGCUUGAACUGUCCUCGGAGUGCGGACGUCCAAAGGUGUACCACCUCGCAGCGAUUGCUGGCCCAGCAAGGCGACGAUAUUUGCCGCUUCUUUGGACGCUCCAGUAAACACGAUCAAUAUGAAGACUACAAAAACGCGGGAAAACUUCGGUGGCUGGAUCCUACCGGAGGAGCAGAUGGACAAGCUCCGGAAGACUCCGUACCACUACAACGCCAGUGCAGGGUCCAUCCUUGAACUGCUUUUCUUGCAGAGGUUCUGGACGUGGUGCCACCGGUUUGUGCCGGCCCGGACGGCGCCAUGUGUCCUCACCUGCUUGGGACUCGGCAUCAACGUGGGCUGCUGCCUCCUGCUGCUCAGCUACAGCAGCGACCUCUGCUCCGAGGCUCCCUGGUGGACAUUCGCGCUGUGUGCGCUGUCUUUGUUUCUGUACCAACUGCUGGAUGCACUGGAUGGCAAGCAGUCUCUAAGGGUGCAGAACACGGCCCUCGAGGAGGUCUAUGACCACGGCUGCGAUGCCCUCUCCACGUUCUUCGUGACAAUGUCGAUGGCCAUUGCCACGCGGCUCGGCGACUCUCCUCUCUGCCUGGUGACCCUCUUCUUCCUCUCUAUGGUUGCAUUCUACUCCAGCCAUUGGCAGAAAUAUGUGACCGACGUCAUGGUCUUCGGCAUGGUCGAUGUGUCCGAGUGCCAGAUUGCCAUGGUUGUUGCACAUCUAGUCACAGCAAUCUAUGGACAGGACCUCUGGAAGACCACGGUGAAAUUUGAGCUGCGUGAAAUUAUGAUGGCUGCAACCGUCUGCUCCAUGGCUCUUGCUAUUUUUGGCAACGCCCGGAUAGUGUUUGGUGGCAAAACUCCCAUCGACCACUACGUCAAACUGCCGCGCAGAAAGGAGCGCCUCUUACAUCCCCUAGUCCCUCUGGCAGGACUGACGGGUUGCCUGUGGCUUUGCUUUGGAGGUGGUCUCAUGGAAAGCCACCCAGUUAUGUUCCUAGUCACGUUUGGUUUCGCCUUUGCCAAGCUCACUAUCCGCCUUGUGCUGACGACGGUGUCCUUCGGAGAAGUGGACCUGUGGGACAGCAGCCUGGUGGCUCCCCUCUUCCUCUGCCUCCACCUCUUGCUCAGUGCCACAUCCAUGUCCUUGCCGGAGUCAUCGGCGCUGAUGGGUUCAAUGGUUUACAGCGUGAUGGACUUUGCGCGUUUCUUCACCUACGCGAGCUGGGACAUCCGAGACGCGCUGGAUGUCUGGAUCUUUUCCGUCAAGUACCCCGUGGGGGACCCCCGUUGCAAGAACGGCAACAACGGGCUCUACCUCAACGGACUGAACAACGACGAGCUGCUCAAGAAGGCACGCCUCGACGCUCUCAACGGUGCAAAGAAGUCACUUCUCAAGAUCAAACAAAACGGACAAAAACUGGGGCUUUCUAAGGCGCUGGCCGGUUGCCGGAAGGUUAAGAAGUGCCUUAAUUAAGCCGCAUCAUGCCCGCAAAAGGCCACACUCCUGCCGACGUAAAUGAGAUAUUCCGAUGUCAACGUCUUAGGGACGUCCUUUGAACGUCAAUUGGCGGCUUGCCAUUAUCUGUACGUUCAAUAGAAACCAUUGGGAUCUCAAUAUCCCGCUGAUUUGGUAUGAACAUUAGUGGGAUGUCGGAAUGUUUUGGCGACGUAUAAAUGUAGAAGGAAUGUCUCAGCGCUGAUAGAUUUUUCAUCGAUACCGAAGGGACUGUGAACAAUCCAGGAUAUUCUAAGAACCUUCACUCAUAUUUCCGUGUUCACAAAUUGUGCCAUACCUUCCUACGUCAUUACAGCAGCCUCAGAGGGUAAGAGAUUUCUGCUAAUCAGUGUUGCCGAAUGCAGUCCUGUAUUGGAAUUCGUACCUUAUCAGGUCUUUUAUGCUAGUAUUGUGUCAUCAACAUCUAUGUCCCAAAAAAUGAAGCCAGAAUAUCAGGAACAACAGAAACAAACGGGCAAUGCGCUAUGCAUGUGUUGUCCCUCUGAAUGAGGGAUAUGCCAAAUAUAUAUCUGUAUAAUCUAUGGAGGUCUUUAACGAACCUGGUAUUGUUUUAAAUAUUCCAAGCGUGAGACAGGAUUCUAUGCCGUGUGCUGCAAACAUUUCACUAUUUGGUAUGAACAUCAGAACAUGUUCGGCGAGUAUAAUGUAGAUGUCACCAUUCAAAUCGAAUGAAGCUUAUGUAUCUAACCUUGGGUUGAAGAAAUGUUUGCUACAUAUAUUAAAAGUUGUGCGGGGUCAUUGCUAACAUCUACAGUGCGAGUUUUCCUAUUCUUAUUGAGGUCACUGAGGCACUUGUGUGGAACGUUUUGGUCUUGAAGCAAUAAUUUUGUCUAGAGUUGAACAUUUCUUAGCCUGGAAUGGCCAUUUUCCAAAUAGUUAUUAGUACUUUUUAAAAUAAGCUAUAGAACCAUUCAACACCUUAUUAGUCGAGACCGUUAAAGAUAUUGUGUAAGAAGUUUUUUUUAUGUUCAGAAUAUACUCAAAAUGAAACAGUCACCAAGGGAACUUUAUGUGCCAUAAGAUAGAAUAUUUUUUCAAUCACCUGCAAGUUGCUGGUGUACAUUUUUGCGGCUCCUAUAAAGGUGUUAAUGUUUUACACUUGUGUUUUAUGUUUCCGUGGUAUGAUACGCCAUUGUCUGUAUGAACGUUGCAGCAUGCUGUUUUUUUAAACGCUGGGUCAUCAAUGAAUAUUUUUAGGGUAAACCCAUGUAAAUAAUGUUGUCUGAGUUACUAUGCGCAUUUAGUUGAAUCUGUAGUAUUGUUGUUUAGUUAUAAGGAAUGGGUACAGACCUGAAUAUACAAUAUACGCCGUAACGAGGGAAUUGUCAUUUCAAGCAUUGUAUAAUGUUUGUAUAGUAUACAGCCUCAGUAACUUGUGAUAUCAUUGCACAUCAUUGGAAUACGCUGUUGUGCAAACUAAUUUAUUGAGUUUGUGUGUGAUGAGAUAUAGAUAUAGCAUAAGAACUUUAUAAAAUCUUAUUAUGGAAGAUUCUGCCUGAUUCUACAGGCAGUCCUAGAGCAUCAUAUUUAAAAGAAAAUACACUUUUUGUUUAAAGUUUUAGCUGAUAUAAAACUGUUGCGUCUCGAUGUUUUGAUUAACCAAGACUAUUUUAGACUUUAAAAAAACAGUUAGUGUCCAAUAAGCAUACGCCAUACAAGACGGGCUUCGAAGAAUGACAUGUAUAGUUUAACGAAAGGUUGCGCACGUCUAUAUAAUUAAAAAUGCUUUAGGCACGACAUUUCUAAGAGGAGGAAAACUGGGACCCGUCUCCAGUUGGAGGCGUUAUUUACGUUUAUGUAUUCGCGGACUCCAUUGGCUGCUAUUUUGUGAUUGAAUAUUGCGAAAUUUGCUCGCAAAUUUUGAAUCGGACAACGUAAAGUUCUGAAACUUUGGCAUCUCGAUCGUUCCAAACGCAAGCACUAGAGUUGGGUGGAGACAGCGUUUUGGAGAUAACUUUUUAUUUUUUUAGUAAUAAUUACAUUUUCUUUUCUCUCGAACACACGGUACUUUAGGUACAAUUCUAAAUGCUGGCCUUGCAGGAUAUUUCGCUCUCUAGAAAGAGCGAAGUUGAGGCAGCUUUAGAAAGCGGCGGCUUCAUGCACAUGAACACGGGACAUUGUAUGCCAUUUGAUCUUUUGCGUGGAGCGCAAAUGUGGCUAAAUUUUUUGUAUUCUGUGACAAUACGCAGACAGUGUAUAUUUUUGAGAAUAAAUGCUGUAAAUUGUGAACUCGCGUGGCAUAAUAAACAUCAAUUUUUUCCCCUUUACACUA